UGAACAACAGCUGUCAAACUCGUAAUUUCAAAACGCGGACGCCUGUUUCUUUGCGCGAAGUUCCAGUUUUUCUGCAAAAUUCCAGUGGUUUUGUGUGUACCUGGCGAACGAUACGAUUAUUAAUUUAAGUUUUCAAAACCAAUCGUGAUGUCCGGUUUCAGUUUCGGAACUCCGACGACGAGUGCGCCGGCGUUUUCGUUCGCGACGCCUGGCUCCGCCACCACGGCUGCUCCGUCCGCCGCACCGGCAGCGGCGGCAUCGGGGUUCGCGUUUGGUGCCACUCCAACAGCAUCGGUUACUGCGCUGCCCACUACCGCAGCCCCAGCUUUCGGAGCGCUUACCAAACCAGCGACGACGGUGGCGCCUCUAGUUGCUCAGGCUGCAGCCACCGUCGCUGCAGCUCCUGCAUUCAGUUUCGGUGGAGGAACUUCAACAACGCCAGCCACGACGACGACCACAUCAACCGGGUUUGCCCUUCCGGGAGCUACAGCAGCUGCGGCACCCGCCUUGGGCACGGGAUUGACUUUCGGAGCCACGGCAGCAACAGCAAGCACAUCGGCUGCACCGACUUUAUCGCUGGGAGGUGGCUUCGGUGCGGCAUUCGGAGCACCCAAGGCCGCAACGGCAACGACCGUUACGACCACAGUGGCCACGACCAGCUCCGUUGGAUUAGGAAAGCCAAUCGGUUUAGGCGGAGUCGACAUCAACGCCACGGCACCGAAGUCGGUUGAAGGGAAGCCGGACAGCACCAAGGCAAAGGAAUUUCAGGUUCCCCAGGAAAUCGUCCAUACCGUAGAACAGCUUAAGGAAUACAUCAAGAAGCAGAAAUCUUUCAGUUCGGACAUUGCCAGAACCUCGUCCCGCAAGCUGUAUAAUGUUUCGUCGGAAAUCAGUCGACUGAAUUGGAGUCUAAUCGACAUCUCCAACAGCGUCACUAACAAUCAAUCGGCCAUCAAGCUGCUUCGGGCCGAAACGGCCAACAUUAUUCAACAGGCGGACAUGGCACAGAGGACGCACGACACACCGGCGGGACUCCAGUUCGAAAACACGAUGCCGUUGCAGUACUUCAUCGAGCUGAUCCAGAAGUAUGAAAGUGAUUUGCUCAACCUCAAACAACAGGUCGAGCUUACAGAAAAGCACAUGCAAUCGCUUACAGUUCCGCAGCACUUCACCGCCACGGACCUCAAACGGGGUCUCCAGCAAAUACACGAGAGUUUCAUUGCUCUGGCCGGUCGGUUACACGAAACCCACCAAAAAGUAGAAUCCCAAAAGGAACGUUACAUGAAUCUGCGGCGUUAUCUGCUGCGUGACAACACGGACGUUUUCGACGGCCAAUCAUCCGGUGGUCAGUCCAGCAACCAGGGUCGAUUUUCCGGUGCGGUUUCGACCGGACCGACCCCCUUCUCACCGCUGAUGGGUCCCGUCAAUCCGGGUCUGGUGGCCAAACCGACACAGGAGACUACGCUAUGGCCACGCAGCACCGGUUUCGGUUCAGCAUCCGGAUCCGGCAUGAUGGGCAUGGCUGGUCCCAGCGGUAUGGCCGGAACCGCAUUCGGUUCGGCCCUGGGCGACAGUAGUAGCAGUUUCGGCAAGACAACCUUCGGUGACGCUAGCAACGCGGCGGCGACCACUUCCACGUUUGGAUCGGGAGGAUUCAAUCUGCAGACUCCACCCCUGGGGAGUAAACGGAAUAAACACUAGGGCAAGUUAGUUGUUUGUGUGCGUGUUUAGAUAGAUUACCGAAAUAUAAGCGACGAUUGAACAAUAAA